AGAGGGGGGAAAGUUGGGAAGACGGAGGAACAAGGAGAGACUGAGAGAGCCUUGCUUCCACACACACUCACAUUUUCACGCAGUGGAUUUUGGUGCGCCUUGUAAGCGUGGUGAAAACAGGAGCGCGCCGGGCAAAGCAACGCAGAUACUGUGUGUAAUUUAUUUUUGGUGGUGCCGAAAUUGCAGUUUGAGUACAUUGGAUGUGAAUAGGGGGCCAAGGUUUAGCACAGAGCCGGAGGAAUGUAUCCAACUCGGGCAGCGGUGAGCCAGCGUCUGCGGAGAUGUCCAGCCUGCGCCCUCUGGACCGCCCUGGUCCUGCAGAUCAUACUGGACCUGAGCGCGUCUGGGUCCGAAUUUCCCCAAGACCCCAGUGUGGUAGCCACAACUUCAUGGAACACCUCUAGCGAUGAGCCGUUCUUCAUCCGUCUCGACGCUCCCAUGAACAACAUCACCACCUCCCUGGGCCACACCGCCGAGCUCUUCUGCCGCGUGUCCGGCAACCCUACGCCCACCGUGCGCUGGCUGAAGAACGACGCCCCCGUGGUGCAGGAGCCGCGACGUGUCUCCUACCGGCCCACGCCGUUCGGCUCGCGCCUCCGCAUUCGCAACCUGGACACCACCGACACGGGAUACUUCCAGUGUGUGGCCACCAACAACCAGGGCACCGUGUCCACAACGGGCGUGCUGUUUGUUAAAUUCGAUCCACUGCCUACACCUCUGCCAGGAAGGCCCUCACCGGAUGAUUUCGAUGAGGAGGGCUUCUGCCAGCCAUAUAGAGGUAUAGCCUGCGCCCGCUUCAUCGGCAACCGCAGCAUCUUCGUCGACUCGCUGCAGAUGCAGGGUGAGAUCGAGACCCAGAUCACAGCGGCCUUCACCAUGAUCGGGACGUCCAACCACCUGUCCGAUCGCUGCUCCCAGUUCGCCAUCCCCUCCCUCUGCCACUUUGCCUUCCCCACCUGCGACCGGAGCUCAGGGACCGACAAACCACGGGAUCUGUGCAAGGACGAGUGCGAGAUCCUGGAGAACGACCUGUGCAAAACGGAGUACAUCAUCGCCCGGUCCAACCCCAUUAUUCUGAAGAGGCUGAAGCUGCCAAACUGUGAAGACCUGGCUGCCUCCGACAGCCCCGAGGCUGCCAACUGUCUGAGGAUAGGCAUCCCCAUGGCAGAGCCCAUUAACAAGAACCACAAGUGUUUCAACAGCACAGGGGCAGACUACCGCGGGACGGUCAGCAUGACCAAGUCGGGACGCCAGUGCCAGCCGUGGAACUCCCAGUAUCCUCACAGCCACAGCUACCUGGCCGUCCGCUACCCGGAGCUGAACGGGGGACACUCGUACUGCCGCAACCCGGGGAACAAACACGAGGGCCCCUGGUGCUUCACGCUAGACGAGGGGGUCCGCAUGGAGCUCUGCGACAUCCCCAUCUGUGACCAUAAGGACAAGCCCGGCGGCAGCAACAUGGAGAUUUUGUACAUCCUGGUUCCCAGUGUAGCGAUCCCAUUAGCCAUCGCCUUGCUCUUUUUCUUCAUUUGUGUAUGCCGCAACAACCAGAAGUCCUCCCGCCCGCCGGCGCCACGCCAGCCCAAACCGGUCCGCGGGCAAAACGUGGAGAUGUCCAUGCUCACCACCGCAUACAAGCCUAAGAGUAAGGCCAAAGAGCUUCCCCUGUCGGCCGUGCGUUUCAUGGAGGAGCUUGGGGAAUGCACUUUGGGGAAGAUCUACAAGGGCCAUCUGUACUUGCCAGGCAUGGAACAGGCACAGCUUGUGGCCAUUAAGACCCUUAAAGAUUGUACGAGUGCCCAGCAGUGGGGGGACUUCCAGCAGGAGGCCUCGGUGCUGGCUGAGUUGCAGCACCCCAACGUGGUGUGCCUGCUGGGCGUGGUUACCCAGGAGCAGCCCGUCUGCAUGCUCUUUGAGUUUCUGCCUCAAGGCGACCUCCACGAGUUCCUCAUCAUGCGUUCACCACACUCAGACGUGGGCUGCAGCAGCGAUGAGGACGGCACAGUGAAAUCCAGCCUGGACCACGGGGAUUUCCUCCACAUGGCUAUACAGGUGGCUGCUGGGAUGGAGUACCUGGCCAGCCACUUCUACAUCCACAAGGACCUUGCAGCUCGGAACAUUCUAGUCGGCGAAAACCUCCACGUCAAGAUCUCCGAUCUGGGCCUCUCCAGGGAGAUUUACUCCUCAGACUACUAUCGCAUCCAGCCCAAAUCCCUGCUGCCCAUCCGCUGGAUGCCCCCCGAAGCCAUCGCCUACGGGAAAUUCACCACAGACUCAGACAUUUGGUCUUUUGGUGUGGUGCUGUGGGAGAUCUUCAGCUACGGCCUGCAGCCUUACUAUGGCUUCUCCAAUCAGGAGGUGAUGGAGAUGGUGAGGAAGAAGCAGCUGCUGCCCUGCCCUGAGGACUGCCCACCAAGGAUGUACGGCCUGAUGACAGAGUGCUGGCAGGAAGGCCCAGCGCGUCGACCGCGCUUCAAGGACAUCCACGCCCGCCUGCGAGCCUGGGAGGGUCUGUCGUCCCAUGCCAGCUCCAGUACGCCCUCCGGUGGCGGGGGCAACGCCACAACCCAGACCACCUCGCUCAGCGCCAGCCCUGUCAGCAACCUAAGCAACCCUCGCUAUGCCGCUGCUGCAGCCGCGGGGUACCUCUACCCAGCCCAGGGCCUUCCCACGCCAGGUCAGAUGGGUCAGAUUCCAGCCUGGACACCCAUGGCUGUUCCUCAGACCCACCAGCGGUUUAUCCCUGUCAACGGGUACCCCAUCCCGCCGGGCUACGCGGCUUUCCCGGCCCACUUCCCUCCCCAAGCCCCGCCAACCAGGGUAGUCCAGCAUCACCUCCCUCCUCCCAAGAGUCGCUCCCCCAGCAGCGCCAGUGGCUCGACCAGCACGGGUCACGUCAGCGGCGUGCCCUCCACCACAGGGUCCAACCAGGAUGCCAACACACCGUUGCUCUCCCACUGUGUCGUCCCAAGCGGCGUCGGAGGUGCAGGUCAGAUGUACGGACAAGUAUCCCCGAAGGGUGUGGUGCAGCUGGACCAUACAUCGCAGACAUCAGCGCUGCUUGGCACUGACUCCAGCAUACUCAUGUACAACGACUCAGUCAUCACAGCAGACCUGUAGAGACACUUUGGUGCUUAAACUCCUUCUCCUCUGGACCCACAUUUGAGAAGUCUCUCACCCAGGGACCUAGUAUAAUUAAAGAAAAAAAAAAUCUGGUCACAUUGAAACCCACCAGGCCUGCCAGCCAAUUUGGGUCUUGACUGUUAGUGUAAGAAACACUGCCACACUCUAUACACACAGCUAUUUGGCUUUUUAAUGCCUUAUUCUUUAAGUGUACUUACAUAGUUUGAAAAUGUGCUGUUGUUGUUAUUAUUAUUAUUAUUAUUUUAACCUUUGUGUAAAUACGGUACAUACGUCUUGAAUGAAUGAAAUGAAAAGAUAUAUAUUCAAAGGAACAUUUUAUUAAGGAAGAAACGUCUAAGAUGAAAAAAGCAAUCCUGCCUCCCCUUCAUUACCGAUUUCAUAAAGCUCGACUGGCUGGCUGGAGUGACCGGCGUACCGACUGGCUGUUUGGCAGCUGUUUCAACAACUCAUCUCUGCAUCGACUAUCUCAUUCAGAACGGCUAUGGGAAUAAAGUGACUCGGACAUUUACAUUAUGGACUUUGGGUGCCUUUCAGCAAUCUUGUGUCUCGUUUGUUGCUGGACAUAUUGAAAUGCAAAAAUGUGUUGUACGUUUCCUUGUACAAUGAAAAAUUGCAUUUGGUGCAAGCAGUGGCCACAUGUUACAGCCAAGCAAAUAGGAUGAGGAAUGAAAGAGUGAACAAGUCAGAAGUGCAUUGGCUUUUGGUGAGCGAGACGGCAAGCCACUGGGCCACUUAACACACUUAAGACAUGCCUCUGCAGUGAAUAUAAUGGUUACAAGGCUUACAGUAACAUGCCCUGCCCUUUUGAUAUGAAGCUGAACACAUAUAUACAUAUACAUAUUUGAGGUUGUAUGCAUUGCACCAGCCGGCUAAUGGUCGAUCAAGCAGCUGGAUCUCAAACUAGCUGCAACCUGUAGAUGUAUAGAUCAGUCUACAGAUUUUGAGUUGACUAAAAUACAUUUCCAGGCACUGCGACCGACACUGAUAGACGAUGUAUCAUUUCCACACAAAAAUCCCUUCAGAAAUGACAUUUGCAACAUUCAAACCAAGCUCCUUUGCCUUGCUCAGGCCUCACUGGCUGUGUCCAGCUGUCCAUUGUAGCCGUGAGCUCUUCUGAUUGUGCAGAAAGUUUCACAUCGGCCUCUCUCUCCCUUCAUUCCCCUCUCACCCCUGCACAGGAAUUUCUCUCUCCUGGAGUUACUUCUCCCCUGCUUUCCUUCCCUCCUUCCCCUCCUUGCCCAUGUCUGCUCCCCACCUGCCCUCUGGUAUGGUCUCCCCCCGUCUCAGUGGACAUGGGAUCUAACAUCAAAGCCUGCUACAUAAAGGACCCCCUGCAGAUCUCUAAAUGAAAUCACGCAGCGCUCAUAUCCUCUACAGCCUGUACAGAUAAACUGGACCGGUCUCAGGACGCAUGCUUCAUUCAUCUUUCAAGGGUUGAGUGUCGAUUUACUUUCAGCUUGGUAUGUUCAAAGUGUAAGCUGAAACUGCCAUUCUUGAACUUAUGAAAGGACAUUCUCUAUUUUAUUGUACAUUUGAUAUGAGAUUUUUUUUUUUUUUUUAAUGGGAAAGGUUUUUCAUUGUUUGCGUUUUGAAGGAUUUUACAAAUAAGGUUUCAAGUCACAGGUCUUGCAUUCGUUGUGCUUUCCUUUCCCUGUCUCUGCAUUUACACUGUAAAAAAAAAAAAAAAAAAUACAGAGAGACGUGUAGGUUCAAACACAGAGGCCUUAGAGUAAAUGUAGUGCCACAGGUUUGCAUGCAUAGUUUUAAAUGUGUGGUCUCAGCCUUGUAUGUGAACAAAAAAAAAACAAGUAUUUGAGCACAGUAUUGUCCGUCUUAUCCCCCCGCAUACCUAAACAGAGUCAAGAAAAACAGCAACAAGGUCUCAUUUGGAAAGCUAUAUACUGUAGGCAGACCGUUUGAUUUUAUAUAUGUUGCUUUCAUUUGGUUCAGCAUCACUUAAUGGAAUAGCUUUCAGGAUGUGCAUAUGCGUUUUCCACCAUAUGGCUCUCUCUGUUCACUAAUCCAAACAAAAAAUUUCCUCAAGGUGAACGGAAAUAAUAUUUAAACAUGCUGCAGUGACAGCUGGUAUCCUGGCCCGACAGUAAAGCACAAUCCUUUUCACAUGUGGAUGAUCCCCAUUCUGUUAAACUCCAUACACACUUUGUACGUCUAAUUGCAUUUUUAUGUCUCUCUCACUAUGUCUGAUGUGACAGCUAAUAGCAGCUAAACGGUAUGGAUUGGAUGCAUUUACUCUGAUAUCCUUUUGUGAUAUGAAUGAAGUACAUUAUGUGUGGUAAAUGAAUAUUUUUUCAAUCCUGUAAUCAUAAAAUGAUGCCUAAACUGUGUUUUGCUCUGUGAUGACGGAUAGAACAUGUGUGGAUGAGAUGGAUGGUCAAGUAUUAAGCUUUUUCAAGAAAAAUUGCAGAAGCGGCUGCAGUACUAGAACAGCGAAUGCCACCUUUGUCUGUGUUUAUUCUUCCCACUGUGCUUUUGUAGUUGACAAUCAUUGGUUUUGCCACGGUCGUACCAAGGAUGGUUGACUAUAUGCCGCCACUUCUCUGUUGCCUAUACAGACCAUUGUUCAGGUUAUUCGACAGCUGAGUUUGUCAAGCAAGCAUUUUGUGCGGCACUAGCCCACCCUAGUAGCACAUCACCACGGCACAGAGCACAGUGGCUUGUAGCAGCCAGCUGACUUAGACAUUUUAGUAUAUUUCAAAUGCCAUACCUCAUUUUUACAUGGUUGAAUAUAAGCAUAUAGCUUAAUUUUUCAAGUUUCCAAUAUAUAUUUCAUCAUGUUUGGCAAUUUUUUUCAUCAUAUUUAAACAUCAGUGAAUAUGACUUUGCUCAUUUGAGUAUUAUUGUCCAAGGUCAUUUUUUUAUGUGCAAAGGCAUCUGUGGAGCAUAUACAGACAAUAUCCAGUGGUACUAAUCUUCCCUUACAGCAUUAAUCCCCUCUCUAAUGUCAUUCAUUUGACCUGAAACUGCUCAAACUAUAUUUGUGAAGUAGAGUGACCCAAAUUAGACGCUACAGAUAUAUGGCUCUUACCUGUUGUAUUUUUUUUUUUUUUUUUUUUUUUUUAAUCUUUUUGUUUUGCCUGUCUUUAUCUUUUCUCUAAAGCAGAUUGAGCUACCUAAGGCAUCUGAGUCGUGUUUUGUACAGGUAACCUCCAACGUGUUAGGAAUUUAUGUGUACUUAUAUAGCAGUUCAAAAACCACUUGUACACAAGACUGUGAAUUUUAGGCAAAUCUAGGUAUUUUUGUAUUUGGCAGAAAACAUUAUUGUGCCAUUUUUUUGUUUUAUUCUAGAUCCUUUAAAAAAAAAAACAACAACAACAACUUUCAAGCAAAUUUAUGUUUAGAUGAUGUGUAUCCAUUACAGAAGGUUUACAUGCGUAUCCUAUUGACCAAGAGAGGCCUUGUCUUUGUAUUUUGUCUGAACAUUUUUUGCACAGAUGUUUUGUAUUGCAAAACCAUUUAUUAAAUGAUGUUGUUUGGUUAA